AUGGCUCGCAAAUACGAAGGCGUCCGCCGAGUCGAGUGGAACGGCACACAGGUGCCCGUGUACCCGAUGGAGACGAUUGACUUUUCGGCUCUCCUGUCCCAAGAGCCAGAUGAGCUGGACAAGCUCCUCCAGUGCUGCAAGGACGAGGGCUUUUUCUAUCUCAACCUCGAUAAUGUAGAUGGCCGCCGCUUUCUGGAUGACCACCAGCAGUUGCUGGGACUCAUGCAUCGCUUCUUCGAUGCCCCGCUGCAAGUCAAGAAUGAGUAUGGGCUUGUUUCGCCGCAUUUGGGCUACGAACCCGUCGGCUCCCGCAACGGGGUCCUAGAAAACACACGCGACGGCUACGAAAUGGUCAAGAUUUCGCGCGACGAGAUCCAGCGCUCCGCGCCACACAUCCCACGCAACCUGACCAGCGCCAGUGAUCUCAAAACACUCGAAGCCUCCAUCUCAGGAAGCAACAUCAUCGGCAAAACCAUUCUCUGCGCUCUAUCUACAGCCUUCGGACUCACGGGUCCCUCGCGCUUCGAAACACUACAUCGCAAUCACAGACCCUCAACCAGCACCCUCGCACUCAUGCACUACAUCCCCAGCGACCCGGCGCAAGACCAGCACGUAGGGCACCAGAAACACACGGACAUUAGUUCUCUAACCGUGCUCUUCACCGAGCAAUGGGGUCUCCAGAUCCGGCCUCCAGGGACCCGAGAAUUCGGGUUUGUAGCGCCUCAGCCGCGACACGCGAUUAUCAAUGUGGGGGAUUCGCUGCGCUUCGCAAGCGGCCAUGUGUUUCAGUCGUGUGUGCACCGCGUGGUGCCGUAUGAAUACAGCGAGCAUAGGUACUCGGUUGCGUACUUUCUAAGGGCCGAGGAUGAGACCAUGCUGAGGGAUAGUGAGGGCAGAUAUGUUACGUCGAGACAGUGGCAUGAUGAGAAGUUUAUGGCGUUUUUGGCGGGCCCCGCGGACCAGAAGGCGGCGCCGAAAUCCUUGUUGCUCGGCGGCAUGCACGAGGAGGAGGGCGAUGUGUAUGGGGUUUGUACCCGAAAUCCGUGA